AUGGGUUCUGUCAUUGACUGGUCCCUACGUCCACUCUACUCGCCAGAGCAAUUGAACCAGUACUUUGACCGGAUCAAUCUACCUCAAAAGUAUCGAGAGUCACCUGUGGUCAAGUCUUGUGCAAGUCUCGACAAUGAUACCGCCCUGGCCUUUUUGAAAGUUCUGCAACGAUACCAGGUGGCGGCGGUGCCUUUUGAAAAUCUCAAUUUGCAUUAUGCAAUUCACCGCUCUAUUUCCAUUGAUGUCCAUAAACUAUUUGAGAAAAUAGUAAACUCCAAAUCCAACCGGGGGGGAUACUGUAUGGAGAAUAGUACUCUUUUUGGCACUGUUCUCAGGUCAAUUGGAUACAAUGUUACCUCGGUCGGAGGUCGGGUAAAUGAGGCAGUCCAGCCUAUAUCAGCUUCGAAGGGCUGGAAAGGCCCAAAAUACGAUGGAUGGAAUCACCUGGUCAAUAUCGUUGUUAUCGGGGAACAAAAGUACCUGAUAGAUGUGGGGUUCGGCUCGAAUGGGCCACAUCAGCCCGUUCCAUUGAUCCACGAGUUCGAGACCCACAAUGUGGGUGACCAGUCUAUACGGCUGAUCUAUGGUCCGAUCACCCAGCAUACGAGCAAUGGCCAGUUCCUCUGGCAGUACGAGAUCUGCAAUGCGGGCGGGGCGUGGAUUCCUGCCUAUUGCUUCACUGAAACGGAAUUCCUGCCGGAGGACUUUACGAUCAUCAACUACUAUAUGAGCACCAGUCCUGACAGCUGGUUUGUUCACAACGUGCUGUGUGUAAGGAUGAUUCUGGACGAUGAAGGUGAAAAGGUCAUCGGUGAUCUAACGCUAUUCGAUGAUACACUGAAGCGCCGCAUGGGGGCCACAUCGGAGGUCCUACAAUUCUUCGCCUCCGAGGAGGAGCGUGUGGCUGCUCUUGAGAAAUAUUUUCACAUUCCAAUUUCAAAGGCAGAGCGGGAAAGUAUCCGCCAAACAACCUCGGCAAUUCUAUAG